AUGAAGCAACUGACUCAACUCAAGAAACAAGCAAACCGGGCACAUGUUGUGACUGCAGCAACAGAUCCCACCAUGAAUGAUUAUUUCUCCUUCUUUAGCCCUGAUUCUCAUUCACGUCUUUGCUGUUCGAACGUAACAUCGUCGCAUUCAACCUACAACUUGUCUGCCUACAAAUACAACUGCAUCAACAACAUCAACAACAACAUCAGCCACAACAUCAACAACGAUGUAACAAACCAUAACAGAAAUACAACCAAGUACAACUUCUUAAAUUUCCACCACCCCAGCCACAACACUCCAACUCCGAUCGAAUUGAUGGCAGUGACUGCGCCAGCAGACGAUGUGGAAGCAUCGUGUCGUCUUAGCACCACUCACAGAAGACAUUUUGAUCUUUGCACAUGUGAACAUUUUUCUUCAAAUAAAUAUUACAAUGGAAUAUAUCACCACAACAACAUAGACAACAACAAUUAUAAUUUUUAUAGUAAUAAUACCAACACUAACCACAACAACAACAACAAUAAAGAUGAUCAAUUUAUUUACAACAACAACAAUAACAAGAUAAAGAGCAACAACAUCAACAACAACAGCAUCAACAACAUUAACAGCGUUAACCGCCUUGUCACCAACAACAACAACAACAUUAUCAACUGCAGCUUUAUUGUCAACAACAACAUCAACAACAACAUCAACAACAACAUCAACAACGCUACCACUAACAGCAACGCUAACAUCAACAUCAUCAAUGAAAUUAACACCAACAAAAACAUCAACAUUGAUGUAAUCAGAUUGCAAGCCCACAAACAAACAACAACAUCCCCUCACAGUUCUUCACAUCUCACUUUCAGUCUCCAUCACUCCAUCACACAAACAGCCAGCAGGUUCGUCCACAAGAGAAAUGAGAGAGAAAGAGAGAGAGUGAGGUGCGUGAACGAGGGGUACGCCGAACUUCGAGAAAGACUACCCCUGGAAUUCAAAUCGGAGAAACGAGUGAGCAAGGUGGAAACACUGAGAUACGCCAUCCUGUACAUCAAGAAACUCCAGCAGAUGCUCCGCGAUUCCUCUCCUCCUACUGCCAACAAAUAG